CAACUCUCUCACUGUCAGCAUUGCGCCGCAUGCGUUUCGCCUUUCUGGUCUUCCGCAUGCUGGCCGGUGCCUCUCUCGGUGCAGCGCAGCGCUAGCCUGCCCUGGUCGCGUGGGCAUUUGGUUGUGACGGCUGAGGGCAUGGGGUCGGUAGCCGCUGCGCUGCAGUGAGGCCAUGCCUGGCCCCGCUGCCACGGGCUGCCAGCAGGGCCGUCUCCUCUGGCAGGCCCCGCACGCUGGUGCGACGGCGGCGGCGUUCACACAGAGGCCAACUGGGCCCCCUCCGCAUUGGCGGCAGAGUGACGCGCAAUUGGCGGCCACGUGCCCCCCCGGCCAGCCCCAUUGGCUGGGAGCAGGCGCGGCGCGCGCGCUGGAGGGGCCAGGGGCCCCCUUGCCUGUUCUGGCGGACGGCGCGCAGGCUGGCCUCCCAUGGCCGCGCAGUGGCACGCAGCCGUGUGCUCCGCAGCGGCGCGCCCGCGGGCAGGCAGUGAGGGCACGGGCGUCCCGGGUGGGCGGGGCAAGCGGGGUGGGGCAGGGGGUGCGGCAGAGCAGGAGGACCACGGAGCAGCGCACGCGGCGGACACACCCAGCGGAGGGGCAGGAGCAGGCAGAGCCAGCGGCAGCAGAGGAGGGGGAGCGCGCAAGCGGGGCACAGCAGGAAGGGGCACCAUGGGGGGGGCAGCAGGGAGGCACAGCGGGGAAGGAACACAAGCCAUGCAGCGCGGGCCAACCAGCGCUGGCAGCGGGUGGGCCCUUGUCUGAGGUCAGAGGGGCCCUGCCGCCCGCCGAUGCUGGCCAAGACGCAGCGGAGAGCCCCUCUGCGGCUGGCAUGGGUGGGAGCGGGGUGGGGGUGCUGGCAGCAGAGCACUCUGCGGGGCCUGGGGGGCCUGCCCACAUGGCUGACCCGUCUGCCGGGCCCGAGCAGGGGACACCGGAAGUGGGCCUGGGGAGCGCGCGCGGCGGCGUGCUGCGCGGGCGGCGGGCCAUGGCAGCAGUGGAGGUGCGCACGGGGGACCCCCCCUGGGUGGCGCUGGCGCACAACGCGUACGUGUCCCUGCUGCAGCUGCCGGGGCCGCAGUUCGCGCUCGCGGCCUUCCUGGCGCCCCUUGCGCUGAGCGCCGCCUUCUCCGCGGCCUACCUGCUGCACCCCGACGGCCUCACCCUCAACGGCACCGGCCUGCGCCAGCGCCAGCUGCAGCUGCAGGCACACCACGCGCACAUGCGCCCCAGCGCAACCCCAGCGGGGGCGGCAGGGGCCACCGCUCCCUCGCUAAAAGGGGAAGCGGCUGCUGCAGAGACCCCCAUGGGCCAGGGGCCCGCGGAAGCGGGAAGCGCCACCAGCGAGGCGGCAGAGUGGGAGGCGGGCGGUGCGCUGGGCGUGGGCGGGGCUGGCGCACUGGUGUUCCGCGUGCUCAUGUUCAGCGUGGCGCUCUCCACGGGGCUGCAGCCCGAAGUGGUGCCCGCCACGCCCGCCGCUGCCGUGCUGGCCAACCUGAACGCGCUGCUCGCGCAGCUGCUCUUCGUCUUCCUCAGUGGCGCCGUGUUUGCGCGCCUCUCCCAGCCCGCGCGCCCCAUCCGCCCCGCCACAGUCGCCGUCGUCACGCCCCCCACCCGCGAUGCAGGCACGCCCCACCCCUGCAGGCUGCUGAUGGCGCGCUUCGUGCUGGCGGGCGCGCCGAAGCAAAGGUGCGAGCUGAUCGACGCCAAGCUGGACUUCACGCUGGGCAUCGACACGCGCGAUGCGGCCGGCCACCACUUCCGCGCACAGAAGCCCCUCAAGCUGAUGCGCGCGGAGGUGGCGCACCUGCAGUUCGGCUUCAACGUGCGCCACGUGGUGGACGAGGCGUCCCCCCUGGCGCACCUGUCGCCGCGCCAGCUGCAGCAGCAGGACGCCUGCCUCACGCUCAGCGUGGUGGGCGUGGAGCGCGCCUCCCUGCAAACGGUCUUCCACUCGCAGCAGUACUUCUUUGCGGAUGACGAAGUAGUUUGGGAUGCUGAAUACGAGGACAUCAUACUGCAAAACAGCGACGGUGUUAAGAUUUGCGACCACACCAAAUUGAACUCUUUCCGAACCAUACAUUAACAACCAAUUGAUCAGAGAUCCUCACGAGCCACGCUUGUAACACGAGCCGAAGUGACUGUGUCAAAAGGAAAUUGUUGCUUCGAAGCGAGAUGUGAUCCCGAUUAUACGCCAUCCGCUUGUGUCAUAGCGAUACAUUGCACAAGGUCACUAGAAGCGCAAUCUUUGGAGUUUAGCGACCCAUCAUGCAUGACAUUUUGUAAUUCAUAUUGAGCGAGGGGGCCUAAUUAUAGUUGAAUCCUUCUAGCGAAGUUUAGGUCACGAUCGCACGAAGCGCAACCAAGCGAUGAUCUCUUGUCAGAUAUGCCGUAGCCAAACGCUAUGAUAGGCCAUAGGCUUCUCAUGGCAUAAUGUUUAGCGAUCAUAGCUUAACUAUGUGAUUGCGAUCCUGAUUGCGGAUUAUCCUAGCUAGCUUUGUAAGAAAUAAAUCCACACGAACUUCCAAAGACGGUAGGGGCAGGCUAAUUGUGCACAAUCGCUCUGAGGUCUAUUAUAAAUCU